UUCCUAUACCACAAAUCACCUCUUCAUCAAUUUUCUUAAUUAAUUCUCUCUUUCCAAAGUACUCGGAUCAAACGCGGUUUUCUUAAGAAGUUCUCUUGUUAUGAAGGUUACUGGGGAAAAAAGAUACGCCCUCUUACUUGCGGCGAGGGACUCUGAAUUCGUGGAGAAAGUCUAUGGAGGUUACUUCAAUGUCUUCGUUGCAGCUUUUGGGGAAGAAGGAGAAAGAUGGGACUUGUUUAGGGUUGUCGAAGGAGAGUUCCCUUCCAUGGACGAGCUCCACGAGUAUGAUGGCUUCAUCGUUAGUGGUAGCCCUUAUGAUGCCUACGGGAACGACGACUGGAUUCUCAAGCUCUGCUUCCUCUUGCAAACUCUGGAUGCCAUGGAAAAGAAAAUCCUCGGCAUCUGCUUCGGUCACCAGGUGUUGUGCAGGGCAUUGGGUGGGAAAGUUGGGAAAGCUUUCACUGGAUGGGAUAUUGGGCUGAGAAAGGUGAAGAUGGUGAAAGAUUUAUCCCCCUGCUGUAGCAUCAUUGAUGAAUCGGGUGAAAUUCCCUCAUCCCUUUCAAUCAUAGAAUGCCACCAAGAUGAGGUGUGGGAGGUUCCUGCAGGAGCUGAAGUGAUUGCAUUUUCAGACAAAACUGGGGUAGAGAUGUUCACAAUUGGGCAUCAUAUUCUUGGGAUCCAAGGCCAUCCUGAAUACAACAAGGACAUUCUUUGUAACCUUAUCGAUCGCCUUCUCAAUAACAAUUCCAUAGAGAGAGAUUUUGCUGAAAAUGCAAAAGUUAGAAAGGAGCUGGAAACCAGUCCAGGAGAAAGGAGAGGGGAUGGCCUCGAACUCAAGACCUAUAAAUAUUUUUAUACAGUGAGUUACCAAUUGCUUUAUUCAAAAGUUCUCUUAUCAAAGAGAAUUGGAUGUUAGGGGGGUGGAAAAUAACAUGAUAUUGUUAUGUCUUGAAUUUUAAUUAAUAUCGAGUAAAAUUUGAGGUUUGGGAAAGGGAAGUAAGAUUCAAACUUUAACUAGACAUAUCAAAAAAUUCUUUAUUACUAGUAAUUUAACUAAUUAUUUUAUUUUUUUUAUUGUAUUAAAUUGUAUAAUGAAAAAUAAUUUUUUUU